GCGUGGCCAAGUUUCCGCACCGCAACCAGUAUAGCAAGCACUCGUGUGGCCCGGCGGCCCGGGUGCGGCGCCAACAUGCGCCCGCUGCUCGGCCUGCUCCUGGUCUUCGCCGGCUGCACCUUUGCCCUGUACGUGCUGUCGACGCGACUACCCCGUGCGCCGAGACGAGGCUCCCCCGAGGAGCCUGAAGGCAGGUCGCUCUGGUUCCCUUCAGACCUAGCAGAGCUGCGGGAGCUCUCCGAGGUCCUUCGAGAGUACAGGAAGGAGCACCAGGCCUAUGUGUUCCUGCUCUUCUGCAGCGCCUACCUCUACAAACAGGGCUUUGCCAUCCCUGGCUCCAGCUUCCUGAACGUAUUAGCUGGUGCCUUGUUUGGGCCAUGGCUGGGACUUGUGCUAUGCUGUAUACUGACAUCGGUGGGCGCCACAUGCUGCUACCUGCUCUCCAGUAUUUUUGGCAAACAGCUGGUGGUCUCCUACUUUCCUGAUAAAGUGGCCCUGCUGCAGAGGAAGGUGGAGGAGAACAGAAACAGCUUGUUCUUCUUUUUACUGUUUUUGAGACUUUUCCCUAUGACACCAAACUGGUUCUUGAACCUCUCGGCCCCGAUUCUGAACAUCCCCAUUGUGCAAUUCUUCUUCUCAGUUCUUAUUGGUUUGAUACCAUACAAUUUCAUCUGUGUGCAGACAGGCUCCAUCCUGUCAACCCUGACCUCCCUGGAUGCUCUCUUCUCCUGGGAAACAGUCUUUAAGCUGUUGGCCAUUGCUCUAGUGGCCUUAUUUCCUGGAACUCUCAUUAAAAAAUUUAGCCAGAAACACCUUCAAAUGAAUGAGCCAAGCAACACUAAUCUUAUAAAUAGUAGAAAAGACACGUGAUCUGGAUUUUCUUGUUUGUUACAUCCUUGGACUCUGAUGAUUUGUGUAAUGGAUGCGAUCCUUUGAAGGUCCUCCUUGUUUUUUUAAUUACUCUCACCAGGUGAUCUGGACACUAUUCAUCUGUGGGCAGUGUCUUGUCACAAAGGGCACUCAGCUUUAAAAGGUGAUUGUAUUAGGUUCUGUCUGGCCUCAGUUUAGCAGGACUGAAUUGGAUGGCCUCCUAGAAAAUCCCAUUUCUGUUUUAUUAAAUACAAAGGAACUCAGGGUA